AUGUCUGAUCAAGAAAAUGGCCUGCAAGAAGACCAGACAUGGCCGGAACUAGAGCUGCCUAACUUAUUAUACACUGACACUGUUCGGAAACUCCACGCAGCCAUCGAAAAUGACUGGGAUGCUCUCCGGCAAUCAGCGUGCCAGACAGCAGCAGGAAGAGCAUUGUGGAAGCAUGUGACCCAUGAUCCACUAGCAGAGUUAUUCGCAGGAGAGACAUACCUGAGAAACAUUUAUGAAAAGAUUAAGAAAGACCGCCUCAACAAAGCCAGGGAAAUCUCUGGUGUGAUUCUUGCUGUCCGAACCCUUUGGUUUGACUCGAAGAUUGAAGAUGCUAUCAAUUCUUUUGAUGGUGGAGCAACCCAAGUUGUUCUUCUUGGUGCAGGAAUGGAUGCCAGGGCAUACCGUCUCAGUUGCUUGAAAGAGAGCGAUGUUUUUGAGGUUGAUUUUCCUGAGGUCUUGCAAAUGAAAACCACUAUUCUAGAGGCAUCAACUGAAUCAACCAAUGAAUUCCAGCUCCAGAAGAUGAAAGCAAAAUCACUAAUCAGAGUUGCCGCUGAUAUCAGAGAAAACGACUGGCUCAAAAAGCUUCAGACAUCAGGGUUUGUGCCAGAGAAAAAUACAGUGUGGGUUCUAGAAGGUAUACUCUACUACCUCUCCCACUCCAACGCCAUGGAAGUGCUGAAGAUCAUAGCAGCCAACUGCAUUCUUACCAGCACGGUCCUCUUAGCAGACUUCAUGAACAAGCAAUCAACAACACUCUCCAGCUCCACAUUUCAUUUCCAUAGUGACUGGCCUGAUCAUCUCCUGCCAUCUCUAGGGUUUUCUGAUGUUAAGCUUUCGCAAAUUGGGGAUCCAGACGCCCACUUUGGGCUGUUGCAUGAUCCACAGAAUGUGUUCAACAAGCUGCGCAGCCUGCCCAGAUCAUUACAAACGCACCCAGACGACGGAACACCAUGUUGUCGCUUGUAUUUGGUGAAGGCUUCCGGUUCACCCAGUCUUACUAUUCCAUAG